UGCUGUCCCCACCAAGGAGAUGGACCAGAGACCCGCCUCUGAGCUCAGUGACCUCGUGUGUCAGGAGGGGGCUGUGCAGCAAGCGUCACUCUCUCUGGAUGCUGCUCGUCCUGCUCCUGGUCUGUGUCGCCUUCCAGACAUUUGUCACCCGCUCAGCCAGGACUGACAAGCUGACAGAACCAGGACCAGGACCAGGACUACCAGAUCUGAGAUUCACUGUCAACAAACAGCCGAGUCCUUCCCUGCAGAAGGUCUGGGAACACUGGCAGAACACAAGACCACUACAGACAGACAGACCAGAUCUUCAUCACCAGAAGGGGGGCCAUAGAAAACCAUCAGAUAAUAUUCUGUUGACCCAUGUGGAUAAAAUCCUGAACCCUGCUGCAGGUUCUCAGCUGGAGGAGCAGCUUGAUCCAGGUCCUCUGGUCCUCCGCAGCACCAGGAACCAUCUGACUGCAGGUCCAGUAGAGAGACUCGUCCACAGUCCCACCACAUCCAGUGACAGGACUAAAAUUAGCUGCCACCCAAAGUCUCACAUCGUCUUCCUGAAGACGCACAAAACAGCCAGUAGCACCAUCUUAAACGUCCUGUAUCGCUACGGAGAGAGCAGGAACCUGACCUUUGCCCUCCCAGUGAACAAACACAGUCAGCUGUUUUACCCGUUCUUCUUUGCCUCUCACUUCGUGGAGGGAGUCAGCAGCAGGAGAGUGAAGGAGUUCAACAUCAUGUGCAACCACAUGAGGUUCAGGAAGUCUGAGGUGGUCAAAGUGAUGCCGGACGACACCUUCUACUUCUCCAUCCUGAGACAUCCUGUGUCCAUGAUGGAGUCCAUCUUUAUUUACUACAAGAGCAUCCCAGCCUUCCACAAGACUCGCAGCCUGGACGACUUCCUGGACAACAGCUGGAGGACCUACAACUCCUCUGUGACCAACAACCACUACGCUCACAACAUCUUGGCCUUUGACUUCGGCUUCGACAACAACGCGGCAGCUGACGCCGACGACCUGGAGGAGAGAGCCAGCAGAGCCGUGGCUGCCAUCGAGCGGGACUUCCACCUCGUUCUGAUCUCAGAGUACUUUGACGAGUCCAUGGUCCUGCUCAGACACGCCCUCUGCUGGUCCCUGGAAGACAUGGUUUCCUUCAAGCUCAACAGUCGCAGUGAGAGAACUCGUCAUCAGCUGUCAGCAGACACUCCAGAGAAGAUCCGGAGAUGGAACGCUCUGGACUGGAGGAUCUACCUGCACUUCAACGCCACCUUCUGGCACAAGGUGGACAGUCUGGUUGGUCGAGAGCAGAUGAAGAGGGAGGUGUCUCAGCUGAGAGAGCUGCAGCUCAAACUUGCAAACACCUGCCUGAAAGAUGGCGGAGCAGUCGACCCCUCCCAGAUUAAAGACGCUGGGCUGAAGCCGUUCCAAUAUGGAGCAGCUGUCAUUCAGGGCUACAAUCUGAACCCAGACUUAGACCCCCAGACCAGGACCCAGUGUCAGAGACUGAUCACCCCAGAGCUGCAAUACACUGAGCGUCUGUACACCCAGCAGUUCCCUGAGCUAGCUGCUAAACUCAAACACGCUCCGAGGAAGGUUCCUCCUCAGCGCCAGCGCUCAGACAGAGCCGCUGUGAUGGGAGGGGUCUGGUCCAGUGGGGGGCACCACAGACCCGUCAUCAGACACAGAGUCUCAAACCUCAUAAACCUAAAGGCCUCCACAAGUGGCCUGUUAGCGCACACAGCAGCUCACAAUAAGACAGGUGUGCCGUGA